AUGGUCGCCGUCCCGGAGGCGUGGGCGACUUGGUGGCGGGCGCAGACGCUGUUCUGCCUCAUCGGGUUCUGGUUCUCGUGGCAGUGGGCGGCGUGGAGCCGCGGCCGCGCGAGGCGGGCGCUGCGGAAGCGGGGCACCGCGUCCACGAGCUUCUGCGACGGCGAAGAUGACGCCCAAAACCCGGGCGACGACGGAGCGAGGCCGGGACUCAGGCGAAGAGGACGCGGCGAGGAUGAGCGAGCAAAGGACGCACCGAAGGUGUCGGUCGUCAUGCCGGUCAAGGGAGUGCAUCCAGAGUCGCUCAGCAACUGGAGGACGCAGCUUCGAAGCGCCUACCGGGGCGACGUUGAGUACAUCUUCGUCGUCGAGUCCGGGGACGAUCCCGCCGUGCCGCUCAUACGGCGGCUGAUGAACGAGGCGAAGGAGGCGAACAUCGCGAUACGAGCCGCUGGUACGUCGAUGACGUGCUCGCAGAAGAUCCACAACAUGCUCGCCGGCGUGGACGCGUGCGACGCGAGGUCGACCUACGUCCUCUUCCUGGACGACGACGUCCGGCUCCAUCGAAACACGAUCGGCUCCCUGGUGUCGUCCAUGGAGGCCAACUCGCCGGAGAUGUUCCUCAGCAACGGGUUCCCGUUCGACUUACCCCCAACGCGGGGCGUGAACUUUCCGAGCUACAUGACGAUGGCGUUUCACAUGGUCCUGCUCAUAGCGUUCUCCCAUCCGGGCGAGUGGACCAAGAACGUGUGGGGCGGGUGCAUGAUUGUCCGGCGCUCCUCCUUCGCGAACGACGAGCACGGGUGCAGGUCCAAGUACGAACGCGGCGGGUACAGCGACGACCUCAUACUGGCCGCCCUGUGCGACGAGUUCAAACGGACGGUGGGCGCCCCCGCCGACUGCGUCUUUCCCCAGCAUAUCGAGCACACGUGGCAUCAGUGGUGGAACUACAUGCGGCGGCAGCUCUUCGUCAUGGACACCUACUCCACCUCGCACAACAAGCUGGUGAACCACGGCAUGCUGCUCGUGCUGUCCUACCUGUCGUUGGCGGUCACCUCGGGCGUGGCGAUGUGCGCGUUCGACCUCUGCGCGUGGGCGCGCGAGAUCGUCACCGAAUCCGGCAAAACGCCGGGAUGGGAGGUUUGCGAGUGGACGCCGGAGAGGUGCGCGAGCGCGGCGUCGUUCCUAGCCUUUGCCGGGGCGAUGCACGGCGCGAGGAAGAUGUACGCGGAACUGGCCGGGAUGGCCGCGCUCCUCGGGGACGAGGGCGUCACGGAAAGCGCGGGUGCGAUAGACUGGUGGCGGGUUGGUGCCGCGUUUUGGUGUUGCUACGCGUGCGUCCCGUUGAUGGCUGUUUACACGCUGACGAAACCCACGGUGGUGUGGUCGGGGAUAACCUACCGCAAACGCCGCGGGCUCGUGAUGCGCAUGCCCACCGACGACGAGAGGCGGUGCAUGAAGAUUGAGCGGAUGAACCGCGGGUUUGGGUUGAAGGUUCCCGAGCUCGACGCGUUUGCGCUGCUCGGGCGCCUGAAGAGUGAAGCUUCCGAUUACGUUUUGGUCGACGUUCGAACCGAGAAGGAGCGAAUCGUGUCCGUGAUAAAGGGCUCGGUGACCGAGGAAGAGUACGAGUCCGGCGCCAACGCCGCGUACGCGGGUAAGAAGGUGGUCGCGUACUGCACCAUAGGGUACAGGAGCGGGAAGUACGUCGAGAAGUUGAUCGAAAGAGGGGUGGACGCCUACAAUCUCCGGGGAAGCAUCCUCGCCUGGACGCACGCGGGUGGGGAGUUGGAAGCUCCCGACGGCACACCCACCAGGGUGGUUCACACGUGCGGCAAGGCCUGGGCGCUGCCGAGGAGCGAUCACACGGCGGUGUACUUCGACAAUCCCGCGGUGGCGCGCGUCAAGAGGAUGCUCGGGUUGGCGAAGCGAUUCGGGACGUGA